ACACACACUCACUCACACACACACACACACACACACAGAAAGGAAGGAGGUCAUUUCUCCUGCUGCUCAGUGGAUUUCCUCUCCUCUUAUCACUUCCACAGGAACAGAAUGACGACAGAUGGACAGACUGAGCAAGGCAGGCUCGAAGUUUACGAGUUUCAGAUCCGGCAUGAUUUCAAAAUGGAGUUCCACUACCCCCAUAUUAAGAAAAUAAUCUUCUUUUAUCCCCAGAAGCAUAAAUAGAAAACACUGGCCUAUCACUCAUUGCAGGGUAGUGUCAGGGUUACCCUGUGUGUAAGAAGAUACCAAUGUGAAAGAGUAAAACAGCAUUGCAGUUUUGGUGUAACAUGCCUGGCUGUUACUCUUGAAAAACAACGUAAUUGAGUUGUACCUUAACUGGUAUUUAUCUGCAAAUUCUGUGACAUUUAUAUUUUUACCAUCAACAUAUAAAUAGAUAUGGACAGUAUUUUACACUGAAACAGAUGUUACUAGUUAUGUUGUGACAGAAUGAGAUAAUAUAAGCACACAAAACUGCAGAGUGUGUGAGAUCAAGUGUAAGAUAGAGCACUCCUGAUCUUCACUGUUAUCUUCAGUUUCUAACUGAUCACUCAACAAAUCACAUGUGUUGUACCAGAGUGAGCUUUGCAUCAUUCUUGGGCCUGUAACACCAGUAGAUGAGACACAUCCACAGUGCAACAAGUCCUCCAACUCAUACUACCACAGUUGGAGGACAGUCUCCCACAGUGGCUUGUCAUAUCAGACCAGGAGGCUACAGCCACCUCUGGUGCGGUCUGUAGUGGGGGGUGAGUUCCUCAACAACUUCUGGAUGGAGUAUUUCCUCCAACCAAGAGAGAGAGAGAGAGGGAGAGAGAUGGGAGGCAGGGUAAACACACACUCGACCAGCAGAGGAAACAGGAGGUGUGUCCUUCCUCCUUCUCCUCUCUCUCUCUCUCUCCUCCAGCUGUUUAAAAGCAGACGGUGGUCGUGCGAGCUUCCACUUAGUGAUUAGGCCGGGAGCAGACAUGGUAGCAGUGGGAGAGCUGGUGCUGGUGCUGGGCUUACUGGUGAGCGCUCACUGUGAGGUGAGGGCACGGGACCCUGAGGUGGAAGAAGAGGAGGAGGAGGAGAUGGGAGGAAGAACAGCAGUAACGGGAGCAGGAGGAGGAGGAGCAGCGUUCCCUCCUCACCUCAAAGAGUUUCCCCCUGGAGCAACAGUGGACCCCCCUCUUGGAGAGAAUGGGAAUCACCCAGCCAGAAUGGGGUGAGUCUGAUUAUAAAUCUUUAUACUCCACUCAGACUCACUCACUGAUUUUCUUCCAGGUAAAAACUUAAUAUUUAACUUGAACCAUUCUUUACUAUUUUUGUGACAACAAUGUACAUUUUUAUUCGUUUCAUAAGCGUAAUUCAAACAAACUUUUUUUUUUCAGAAAUGACUUUAGUUGUUCUGCAAAUCAGUUUUAAAAACUUGAACUGCAAAAAGAGAGAGAAAUAUGUGACAAUGUAUGGGAGGGAGAGUUUCACUCUUGAUUUACUGAACUUUUUCUUAGACCGCUGACUUUUGUACUUUCCUUUCAAAAGAGACUUCUAACAACUUCAUGUCUAGCAUGAUUUUAUUGUCACAGCUAAGAAGGUAAAGUUGAUAAAUGAGUCUUGAAGCCUAUUGGCAGCAGUCAAAAAUAGCAUGAAACAAAAAAAGUCACUCCCUGUAGUGAAUGCUGUGGGAGCUCUGAGCUGUUCAAACAUAAAUCAAGAAAUAAUUUAUUUGCUUAUUUUCAACCAGGCUUCAAACAUGUUUACUUCUGCUCUAAAAAGAAACUGUUAUGAAUUUGGGUGUAUGUGGUUUCUGAUGUUUUAGCAGCCAGCCUCAAGUGGACACUCUGACAACUGCACUUUUGUCCCCCUGGUGGUUGGCUGUGGUAUAGGUCAUAAAGCCUGUCAUCCUGAUUAAGACAAAUGGAUCAAAUGAAUAUAUUGAAAUAGACUUGAAAUCAUGUUUUAAUAGUGAGCUUCAUCUGUCUUUAUUAAUGUGGGAGUGUUCAUCUUUCAGAGGAGCCUAGUUUGAUAGAGUUAUCUGGGAUUGUGAGGGCGAUAUGAUGACAUGACUGACAGCUUGGUUAAACUUUCCAUGUCUGCCUAAAACUGACACAAGGAUCAGUUCUACUAGAGGCUGUGCCAACCGCGGGGUUUACAGACAUUUGAUCAGUAAGUUGAGAGUGUGUUUAGAUUGGCUGAAGGGAUGUAUACUGUGCCAAUUCUGUGACUCCAUCAGCCAGAUUGCUCUUGCAUGUCUUGGCCCUGUCAGGCCAAUAUGUCAGCGCCUCGUGUGGCAUUAGUUUGGCUUCAUUCUUUUACAAUGAAAGGAGAUGAGGAUGAUUCCUGGACAUUUCUAUACAUUAAUGGGUUGACCACUUGUAAAUCAGUUUCCCAAGUAGGAGAUGUUUGUUUUGUUUUGUUUUGUUUUGUUAUAUACUUGUUUAAAUUGUAAAGUAGUGAGUAGAUGUUUGUUUGCUGAUUGGCUUCUGGAAGAUAACUUUUUUUGCUUUCUUGCACUGCAGUAAGACUGGCUUAUACCCUUUUGUCACUCUUGAAAUAUCUCAUUGAGUUGACCAAAAGAUUUGGGGAGUCAUGUUGACAACCAUUAACAAACAUUAUUUGUCCACAUCAUGAAGAGUGUUUGCAGAGUAGAAAGCAAAACCAAAAUCAUUGUCUGCAUACAUCAUUCAUUCUUCAAAAGUGAAUCACACAGACUGUAUACCUUACAAAAACACACCAUGCCUAAAACUUAACUUGGUUCUGGCAAAGAUAGAGAUUUGAAUAACAAUCCCCCCACCCACCCACACACACACACACACACACACACACACAAGGUAUAAAAACAGUCAUGCCUAAUGCACACAGAAGUACCGAGAAGGGAUUGUGAAAUGUUUUGACUGCCAGUAUGCUUGUAAUAGGCUGGUACCACCCAGGCCGCUGACACACACACACACACACACACACACACACACACACACACACACACACACACACACACACACACACACACACACACACACACACACACACACGGCCCAGGCGCCAUACAUUAGUUUUAUGAUUUUAUGAGUCUCAGUCAGUAGGUGUCCUCUUAAUGUUUGUCCCCCGGGUAAUAGACUGAGCCAAUCCUUUUAGGUUCCCCGCUGAGUAGAGAACAAUUUCUGACCAAAGUUUAUUAUUUUAUUUCUCAACCUUAAAUUGAAGCACUUUUAUCUGACUGAUGGGUUUCGAGAAAAUCUCUGCCAGUUUUAUCUUGACAUGAUUAAACUAAUUGUUUUUCUCUUUGUUGGACAUAUUUGAGGGUGAAAUUUAUUGCCAUGCCUCUGUGAAAGUAUUUGGACAGGAACCUAUUGCAUCACUUUAAACCUUAAAGUACUGACUACUAGGUCUUUGAAUUGAAUUGCCUUUUAAUUUGAAAGAUUUGAUCAUCACAUCCAAGUAACUGUCUGAUGUGCCAUUCAGGAUGCUGAAAUCUAAAGGUAUGAUAUUUCCACAGUGGUAGAGCCAGAGGAGACUUGAGUUUUGGGUGAUUUCCCAUACUAGAGAUAGAUUUUUGAACAAGAAGUCUGGAAAUGAGACCAACUCCUCGCAGAGGAACAUCUCCAUGACAUGCCAAUAAAAGUUUCUUCCAAAUAUGCUAGAAAUGUUAACGUAUUCCUAAUUCUCACUGCUUGUUGUUUUUCUCAUUGGGAUAGAGGGGAGGGGUCUUUGGAGGUAGGGCGUGACAUAGAGGGUCCUGACAGGAAUCACUUUUUAAUAUUUUAAAGAUAUCAGGAUGGUAGGUAAAGAGUCUGAUGCAGAAGUUGAAUUCUUUCAUAUCUAUGUCAUGUGUAAUUAACAUGUCUGAUGCUAAGUUCGCACUUUUUCUCUUGAGGUGAAAGAACUGCUGCAUUUUCAGAUUGAAACUGUGGUUUCAGGGACUGUUUUAACCACGUGUCACUCUCUGAGACUGACAGACUAAAUAAGAGGAUCAAAUAUCUCGAGUGACGUUUUUUAGAGCGAGCUCACACAGGCCUCCGUCAUUUUUCUGACCCACAUCCAUACAUUAAACCACAGGACUCUUCCACAGAUUCUCAGAUAAAAUAAUCCCUGAGGGCUCUUGACAAAACAACCCUCCAUUACCUUUAAGGACCACCGUCCCCCCCUACUCUCCCUUUGUACUGACCCCCUACUUUAAAGGCUGCGGUAAUGACAUCGUUCACAAACAGAGCUCUUUGUGCUGUGAGUCCGCUCCGUCGCUGUAAUGGAGAGCAGCUCUAUUUUCUUUAGACUCAGAGUUAUCAUUGGAGGCUGAUUGGUGGAGGAGGGGAGGGGCUGAGGGGGGUAUACAUACUUUCUUUAGAGGUCGGGGGUCAACAGGUAGUUAAGUGGUGAUGAAGUGGAGGUGGAAAAGUUUGUUGUUCAGCUUCAAGACAAGAGGAGUCGUGGGAAGUUUUAGUCCAAUGAUCUAAAUAUUUGAUCCACAAUUGUACAAAACUAGAGUGACAAAUAACAACGUCAACAUCUUCUAGAAACUGCUUCAAAUCCUGUGAAUCACUUUUAGUGGAGAUACAGCGACAGAACAUCAAGACAAAAGUGAAUGGACAGUUGAAGAUAUAGAGGCAGAAGAAGAAGAAGAAGAAGAAGAAGAAGAAGAAACUCAGACAGCAUGAAAGUCAGACUGCCUCAGAUCAAAGGGAGCUGAACCUGUAGAUAACGUGACCAUGAAUGCAUCAUUUACUGCUUAUUCAGCCGUAAUCUAGAGGCAGGCAGCUGGCAGAUGAAAGAAUGACUCCCAACAGCUGAAAUACGGUUAAAAAAAAAAAAUGGAUUAAAAAAAAAAAAAGCAUUAUCAGUCUUAUGAUCAUGCAGGUGGAUUAGGACUGCUACUGUGCCUAUGAACUGAAACCCACAGCCAGAAGAUGUCUUUUUUUCCAGUUGAGGAUCAUGAGUGUGAGUACGUGGAAGAAUUAAAUGUUGUUAACCUUUAUAAAACAACAAACUUCCUGUAAACAGCUUCUCUUGAAUAAGUCAACAUCUGGAGAACGAAGUAAGUUUUGUUUCUACAAUCACAUGGGAGUACAAUCAGGGCUGAGUCUUUCCAAACAAUGACAAAAUCUUCCUGCAAAACUUUCCAUAAACAUAUUAGAGUUAUUGAAAUGAUGCAACCCUACUUCGAAAAUAAUUGAGAUGCAGUGCAAAUAAUGUAGAUCACUACCAUCCAACACCAGUUAUCAGCCUUGUUCUUUCUGUACAGGGAAUUGAUUAAGACUUUUCCAGAGAUUUUCUGUACUAGGUGAGAAAAAAACCUGAAUUAUUUCAAUUUUACGCUGAGGAACAACAUUCUAAAUUUGUCAGACAGUUUUCUCACUCAGUCCAGUUUUCAGUUCUGUUUUCGGUGUCAGGGCUUGUGCAGUUUCCUUAUUCAGAUUUAUCUUAUUCCACUAUCCUUCAGUCUGAUCCUGAACUCUGGACUCUUGUCCUCCCACAUCUCUCUUAGGAUGAGUCAAGAUCCUCUCUCUGAUCUUUCUCUUGAAAGAUAAGCAAAAACUAAACCAAACAGCACAGACACUGCGGCAAAAAAGGGACACACAGCUGUGACACUUUAAGAACUAAGGUCUGAUAAAGAAGGGACAUCCAGAGGGCUUUUGGUGCAAAUUGAGAAAUACUGUUUUUACUAAGUCCAUGUACAAAAUGACUGACAGCAGUAAAUUGAACCAAAUGCCUGGAUGUUUGUAUUGGAAAGGAAGGGAAUCCCAUUUGUUCUUAUUCACAACAAUUCAGUUCAACACAUGGUUUUUAAUUGUGGGACAGUUUUUUCAAUCAAAGGGGCGCAAAAGCCAAAAAGGCAAUGUCUCUCAUCUCUCAUUGGGUUACAAAAUCUCAACAAAAAGACCCAAAACAACUUGUAACAGCUUCAAGAUACACAAAUGGCCACAUUUUUGCCCGAGGUCACGCUCCUAUAAGAUUAAGUUCUCUGUAGUCCAUGGAUGAAUAGUUUUUGGAGUUACAGAUAGCAGCUGUGCAAGAAUAAUUAAAAAUGCUUAUUUUGGCUAUAACAAGUGCUCAGUUAUGUGAAACCUCUGCCAACAAGGUUGUCAUUGCAUAAAUGUAAACGGUGGUGGUUGAUAUGCUGGUUGCUGCAUUUUUUUUAAACUGAGUUUAUUUAGCAAGACACUGUGCAUUAACGCAGAAUGCACAUAUGCCAGAACAAUGCUGCGCGUUCCAUUUACCUCAGAAGUCAGAUGUCGGAGCUGGGAAUGACGUUACACUCGAGUUGACAAUGUUCCAAUAAACAAGUUGGAAAACUAAGAUGGACACCUACUGUUAGCUGUUGUCAGUUGUUGUUAGUGGUUGUCAGCUGUUGUUAGUUGUUGUUAGCUACACCAGUUGUAAACAACGCAUAACACAGUAUUACACUUACAAACACCAUAGCACCGUGUUCACCGGUUCACAGUUAGACGUUGAGCAGUACAACAUACACCACUUACUUAAUUUCGAAAAAAAUAACCGAAAGUGCUAAUAAAUACCACAUUACAAGAACUUUCACCGUUCUUCUUUUGUUGAUGCACUGCACUGCCAUCUUGGAUUAUGACAUAGUCAUCAAGUUGGGGUUGGUGAGGAUCGUCUGACUUUACAAGUCGGAAAUCCGACUUCAGGGGGGCGUUCCAGAAGAAUUUCCGACCCGGAGCUUGAAAAUUCUAACUUCUGAGUACAACUGGAAUGCAGCAUAAGCACAUAAUGGUCCCUUACUCACCCCUCAAGUGAUGAAGCAAUGGUGUCCUUCAAGGUCAAGAAGCUCCGGUGAUGCAUCAUAAGUAUGAUCCUCCAUUUGUCAAGUUUAUACCAUCAAUUUCUUCUACUUUCAUCAAUCACUCUCUGCUUUGUGUUCAUCUUUCAACCAAUCAGUUUCAAGUGGCCAUUUACAAAAUACAAAAACACAUUUAAAAAAAAAAUAUAUAUAUAUAUAUAUAUAUAUAUAUAUAUAUAUAUAUAUAUAUUUAGGACAGUUGUAAACUAUGUAAUGUCUGGGUGCAAACGGCUGGGAAACCUGAUUCAUAUUACAGUGAAAAAGUUUUUUUGAUUUUUUUGCACCUCCUAGUGCUCAUUAAGUCACCACUGACCUGGAAUAAAUUAAACAGCAGGAUUUAGAUUUUUAAUUUUUCCAGGUCAAUUGAGGACCCAGGAGGACACUGAGACUAAGCUGCAUCACAUGAAGGAGACAAUAUGAGCAGCUAAUUUAAAGGCUUUAAUUGUUGCAGUUUAGCGCCCAGAGUUUUGCCUGACAGGUUAAAUUAACCUGAUACUGAAGAUUAAAGAUUUGUUCUCUGAUGUAGUUCCAGCAAUCUCAAAUCUGUCUUGAGUCCAUUCCUGAUGAUUUGAAGCUCUUUGCUGCAUGAAAGUGCUCUGACCUGCAGGAGCCUACAGGUGUGUUUGUGUUCAGCUGACCCUGUACAGUGUUAAUUAUACCCUGUACAAACAUUUAUCAACUGCACACUCCUCACAGGUCAGAGGUCAGAGGUGGAGAGUGGUUGUACAAAGCAGAGACCAGGUUGACAGCCUGGGACCUUUAGGGCUAUUCUAAAGGGUUAUCAUGAAUGUCGUCAUAUUUAGGGCUUGGGACUUUGGUGUAAGACUCUGGGCUCAAAAAGUUAUGUUUAUUUAACCAAAUCAAGUAGGGUUUUUUUUUUUGUUGCAAAAGUGCAAACAAACCGCAGCUUUGUUGACCCUGUGUUAACUGGAAGAAAAACAUAAUAAAAUAGAUGCCUCACAGACUGGUGUAGAGAGAAGAAGACAUUUAUGGAGACUUUUUGUUGUGCUGUAUAAAUCUGCAAAUGCUGUUACAGUGAGACUCUGGGGAAACAGGACUCUGUGAGUGUAAGAGUCAAUAUAAACUAAUAAAAAGUAUUGAUUUCCUUCUUACAAAAACAAAGCUCUGUGGCCCAGACAAAGAGGAUACACCAGGUUACCAACAACAGUCGCUAGAUAAGCUGCAAGAAGUUGUUACUUCAAACAUUAUUAUACGUUUUCCAAAUAUCAAUUGAUUGUUUGGGGGUUUCAUGUCUAUAAGGUGUUGUCUUUUGGACUAAUGUUGUCUACUUUACCUGAUAAGACACACACAAUCAUGUACAGGUCAGAUAUGGACUCCCCAACCAGUAUGUCAAGGACUAGAACCUCUGCGUGGGGUGCCUAAUCUAUCAGACGAGCCUAAUCCUGCUGUUUCUCAGCAGUUUUUAAUCUCUAUAGUUGAAAGAUUUGAUCCUCUUGUUUGUCUCUAAUGAAACUUAAUUGAACACUUUUGAUUUUAAAGACGUUUUUGUGUGAUAUUGUAAUAGAUGUAAUUGAAAUGAAAAUCACAUAAUUUUUCUUUGUUUUUUUGCUGUUGUAGUUAACAUGCACUGAUUUAAGUUUCAUGACAAAGCUUUGAAGGGGGUCAAGUUUUUCACACUCCAAAUUUACCAAAUUAAAGUUCAAAUUGCAAAACUCAUAGACAUUAAAUAGUAAUUGGGUGCUUGUGUGGAUUAAAUUUUGGGGUAAUGAAGACCCAGAUGCAAAGCAAGAGGGUCUUGACUCACCCUGAAGUGGAUCCCUAACCCUCUCAGACUGCACUCACAUCUGUGCUUUGAAACUGUCAUUAUCCCACAGCGUUUACCAAUUCAGAAAACUGGCAGAAACAAACAUUUUUGUCAAAGAUUGAUUUUGAUAAGACAUGUGAUCAUCUCUAGCACAACUUUUGCUGUUGAAAGUCAGCCAGAUGAUAAGGCAGAAAAUCUGGUAUUAUUCAUGUUUAUUAUGUACAAUUUUAUGCUUGUUUCAUGGCUUAAAAAAGUCUAUUACACUGGAUCUCCUUUAACAUGUUUAAUCAGGGCAUGAAGCCACAGGCCUUCUUCAGCGGGGUUAAAAAUGCAAACAAAGCUAAGUUUAUUUAGGAUAUACAGGGUACACAAAUAUGAAAGACUAAGCAAAGGCUAAAAUUCAUACUAUCUAUGUGUUUGUGGUUUCUAAUGUGUAAGAAUGGUUUAUUUAUAUGUUGAAUCUUGUUUGUUAUAUGUUUCACAGCAGCUCAGGAUGGUGGGGUUCUUCCUGUCUACAGCCCUGAGUGUGAGAGUGUGCGUGAAAUCAAGAAUAAUGAAAAAUAAAACUUGACACAAAAGCAGGGAUUCAUGAGAAUCUGGCCCACAUCAGAGUUCGGAAGUAAUUAAACUAACAAGACCGGCGAUCACCUUCAUCUUGGUGCUAAGUGAUGUCUGAUUGGAUGAAACUGAACCUUCCACCUUUGUUAGAACUUAAAAUCUCUGAGUUUAAAAGCUAUAAAUUGGCUGUCAGAUGUAGAUUUUACAAGAGAGGGGAUGAUUCAGACACUCUACGUGACAUCUGAUUGGUCCAAGAUGGAGAUUGUGAUACACAGGAAACGAGAUAAGUAGGAUUUACGAGUCUGUUUGCUAAGUUUGUUGACUGAAUGUUAAACAUAGACUGUGUAUGUAAAAAGAGACACUUCAGACACAAAGCACUGAUUGUGAAAUAUGAAAGUGGAGCUGAACUCCCUGAGCUGCUGGUGACACAGUCAGCCAGAGUCCACAGACAGGAAGUGCAGAGACAAACAGUCCAACAUCAACAUGCAGUAAACACACACACGGACACACACACGCACACGCACAGAGGGUCAGAUAAAGAACAUGUCAGACAGAGGGGUCUGUAGGUAUUUGACUCUCCAGGAAAGCUGACACAGUAUGAUUUAAUGAUGAGGUCAACCAAAACUAACAGGAAGCAUAAAAACAGCACAUGGUACAAAAAUAACUGAUCAGAGGUGUCAACUCAUCUUCAGAUUUAUAGUUUUUCAAACAGGUAUUCCUCAGCUGGACAAAUAUUAAUGUAAAUAUUAGUGAUAUUAAUAAAUAAAUCCAUGUCAAAAGGAAAGAAGAGCUUUAGAAAAAUAGGUGAAGGUGAAUAAAAACAUUAUGAGUCCUGAUGAUAAAUGGUGACUUCAGGUAAGAUCAUGUUCACUAUGUUUACAAGAAGAGGCCAUAUGUACGCCCUCUCAUGUUAUAUUCACAACAUUGUCAGUUUGCUUCAAGUUUACGUGUUUUGUUGUGUCCGAUGAGGUUUGUAUUGGUAGCAGGGCCCAAAGGAUCUAAUACUAAGUUGGCUAAAAUUAUUGAGUACAUCAUGUUUGAGAUAAAAAAACCACAGAAGGAAUCAAUCUUAUUUUGCGAACACAUGUAUUUUGUCGACUUUUUUAUUCAGCACAAAAAAAGUAUCGAUCCAUCAAAAGCAAAGAGAUCAACAAUCAUCCACGUUGCCUGGUAACAGAGUUUUAUUCAUCCACCACUUGAACCCCAACCCUUUCAUUUACAUGACUUAAUGACUUUAUAACAACUUUACAGUCACAUUUAAAGUCAGCUACAAAAGCAUUAAGUAUGAAUUACUCUAAAAUAGUCUGAUAAUUCAACUAGCAUGCACACUUAAACCUUGUAACAGUGUUUUUAUUUUUUUUAAUUUUAUUUUAUUAUUAUUAUUUUUUUUUUUUUUUGGGGGGGGAGGGGGUAUAUCUCAGUGUGUGUCAUUUUUAAGGUUUUCUUUCUUUAAGGUCUUAUAGCGUUUAAUAUCCUAAGGUUAUUUAACUCUAUUUAACUCUCUUGUGGCAUGUUUUGUGUUCAUAGUGGUCUUAUCUUUGUGGCAGUAAUGCGUUUUAGUUGUUUUGCGUGGGGUUUUGUUUUGUUUUGUUUUUGUCUUUUUGUCACAAAAAAGAAAGUUAGCCAAGAGAAUAGUUAAAAACUUUUGAAGCAGACUCACUUUUUCUAGACAUCAGUCAAGAGUUAAAGACUGACAGCAUCUUGUGUGUAUUUAAACAUUUUUAAACCCUGUUUGUUAUCUAAGCUUUGUGGGCUUACAUUUGUUUAUUAUGUGAAAAAAUUCAGCAGCUUGUUGUAAAUUUACGGAUGAUUUUGUUUUGGUGAAAUGUUUUAGUUGAGACAGGAAAAAAGUGCCCUAAUCCUGCUCUUCCUAUAAUGUCAAACUUUGACUUAAAAUCCAAUGUUGGUGGUCUAAGGAAGAGAGGGCACCAUGUUUGACCUUUGACCACAAACAGGAAGAAGGUAUCAUCGUAAAACUGGAGACACAAAUUCAGAAGCCAGUAAGAAACAGCCUGUGUGUGUGUCUGUGUGUGUGUGUGUGUGUGUGCGUGCGUGCAUGUGUGUGCGUGUGCGUGCUGGGGUGGGGUCUCGACGGCCAUGUGGGGAUGGAUAUGGGGGGCGACUGAUAUUUGAUUGAUUGAUUGAUUGAUAUAUUUUUACUGCUUGACUCUACUCAAAAGAUGCUAUCCUAUUGCACCCAUAAUGCAGCCCAUAACACAAUAAUGUGAAAAGUUUUCUGUGCAAGUUUGCAAAUCCAGCGGUCCUUUAUCAUGAAAGCAAACUAAUAAAUGCAUUUGAAAAAUAAACCUUAAGCACACAACACACUGAAAAUUCCAGCUUAUUUUGGGAGGGUUUCAAUAUGCUCCCUUCAUCAAAACCAACAUGUAAAUCUGCUCACUAUUAGGAAGGCAGGUACUGACAAACCCUUGCAGCAGGUGUGUCCUUGUUAUUUUCUGAAAUAACAAAGACUUUUCACCCUUUAGCCUGCAUGAUGUCAGAUCACUUUCAUUUACAGUUGAGGUUACUGACUUAACAUGCAUAUGACACACAGACUAUCAGUCUGUGUUAAAUGUUAGUACAAACUGAAACCCUACAGGAGCUUCCAUGACACUCUUUACGACAUCAUGUUGAGGUCACAACCAUUUUUAUACCAUCAGAAAUCUUAAUAGUCUUAAAUACUUAGGAUAGCAUGUGUAAACACCACCUAUUGAUGAUCAGGACAACUCUUUGUGUUUUUACUGUAACACAGUAUUUAUUGUGACACAGAAAUAAAAACAGGGAACAUUAAAAAAAGAUUUUAGGAUGCUGUUCUUGUUUGCAGCAAACCCUCCAGUGUAACUCUCGUUCUGUCGGGAAACAUGGCUGGUCCGGCUCGCGGCUGAAGGAGGCCAAUCUGGCAUACUGCUCCUCAGCCUUCAGCUUCCUCAUCUCACCUUUUUUCUCCCUGUACUCUUGGUACUUGUCCAUCCAGAACCCAACCUUCAGUUUCUCUGGAAGCCACUGCCUAGGCUCCUCUGGUAUGGUGGUCUGCUUGUCUGUUUCUUCCAAAGAUGAGAUAAAAGUUUCAGUUUUAAGUACAAAUACAUAUAUAUUGUAGCUAUUAACUGAUAUGCAAACAUCAUUCAGGAUUUAUAAUUUUUGGCAUCUAAACUUAGAGACCUAGUAGGUUUAGUAUUUUAAAAAGAAUUUUUUAAAAAAGUGAUAUAAACCUUCAGACUUUGGAGCUGCCUUUGCAGUGAAAAGGAGGUAGGUGGAGCUGUUUGGGUGGGGCAGCCUCAUGAAACGCUCACUGUCGGUCUUCAACACUCCAACCCAGUUAUCAAUCAGGGGUUUCCUCAUGCCCUGCUGUUUACACGACUUUUUGUUAGAGGUCAGACGAUCACAGCUGGCUUUGUUUUCCAUGACUGGCUGGUUAUUCAUAUGAAGCCUCUCUUGCUUCAGCAGGUCCUGUUCUGCUUUCUUCAGGGUCUGUAGUUCAUGGACCUUUCUCUCUCCUUCCUCUCUUUGUUUGGCCUCCUGCACUUUCCUCUCUUCCAGGUGUUUCUCUCUCAGUCUUAUCAGACUUUCUUCUGUCUUGAGCUUCUCCCUGGUCUCAAGGGCUUCUCUCUCUCUCUACGCUCCAUCUCUAGAGCUCUUAGUUCUUUGACCGUCUGUCUCCUGACCUCUCUCUUCCUCUCCUCUGGGGUCAGUUUUGCCAAGUCUUUGGCACGCUCCAUUUCAACAGUGGAGGAACUGUCUUCUCCUCUCUUAAAUUCACCUUUACUUACUCUCUUAUCCGUAUUGUGGUUGUUGAUUGGUUGAUUGUAAUUAUGUUGAUUUGUUCGAUAUCUCUGGGUACUGGCUGACUACGAUGUGAUCUCUCUGGCAGGUUUGUGGUUUCUGAGCUUCACAGACUGAAGAGCUAGACUAUAUAACCUUAGAUGGAACCUCCAUCAUUGUUCCAUCGCACUCACCUCCGUUAAGGUGGAACAUUCUGAAUGACCAGUGUUCCAUGAACUCCAUAUAUGGGAAUAAGCUGUAAACACUAUAGUGUUUGAGCUCAACUAGCUGCAUGAAUGGAGAGAUGAAAACUGUGAUCUGUUAUUGUCAGAUCACUUGGUUCACACCAUAGUACACAGACCAUUAUUGAACAGGUGUCCUUUUAUUCAGAGGAUGAAACAUAUACUUGCCAUGACAGUCCUGUUUAAUUUUGGCCCAUGGUUGGGGCAGUCUGCAGCAGAACAGACUGAUGUGUUGUUUCAAAGCAGACACUUUUGCCUAUAGACCAUUUAUGAACUCUUUGUAAGUGUUUCUUUCAUUUGUUUUCUCACCACUCCUCCUUUACUUUUUAAAAUUUCAAUCCAGAGAACUGCAGGAGCCUGCAUUUGUCUAAACAGCUGUCAAUCAACCGUCCUUUUUUACUUAAAUAACCAAUUAAAUGAACUUCUUUAAGAGAUGAACACUUUAAUAUCAAUUAGUAUCAAACUAAAGAGACAUGUAUUUUAACUUUAUAGAUGGAUCUGUGCUGGAGCCAGAAGUACUACGGUAGGCUAUUAGUCAUGGCUAUUGCUCUCUGUGCAGACUGGAAACUGUGUGAGUGUGUGUGUGUGUGUGUGUGUGUGUGUGUGUGUGUGUGUGUGUGUGUGUGUGUGUGUGUGUGUGUGUGUGUGAGUGACUGAAAUCUUAAUGAUCUCAUCCGUUUUCCUUGAGCUCUGUGGACGUGCUAUCACCAAGCAUCAGUAUCCUGACUCUGUGUGUUUGUGUUUGUGUUUGUGUUUGUGUUCUGCAGAAACUGGUGUACCUUUCUGCACAGGCGUACCGUCACCACAGCGGUUGCGUGUGGAACGGAGAAGUACACCAUUAAGUCCCAUAGCCCUUGUCCAAGUGGGACACCGGACUGUCAGCUGGUCAUGUGAGUACAUUCUGUUCUGCAGUGAAAGAGCCAAUAUGGCUGCCGAUAUGCUCCCUUUAUUAUAAGUACCCAAGUAUACUUCAUAAAAUACAGGGAGAGUAUGAAAAGUAGAAACUUGUUCGAAGUAUCCCAACAUUUCAUUACAGGUUAUACACUCGUAUGAAAGCAGGAUUCAGAUUUCUGAUAAAGGAGGAGCGGAUUUUAACUAACCACUCAAAGUAUAGAUUAUAUUUACUCCGGAUUAAUCUGUUAAAUAUUUCCUCUAUAACUUGUUUGAUUGGUUUAUUGAACCAAAGUUUGACCCAGACCCCAGUAAUAGGCCCCACUCCUAUAUGUUUUUUACCCACUUAAGGAUGGGAAGCUCAGGUAUUGUUAUGUCUCACUGCUGUCUUUGUAAGGAAAAAAUUUAAAUCUCAAUAAUCUGACAAACGUGGUCAUUUCAAAGCCUCCUGUUUGAUGAGUAAUCAGUGAAAACCUGAGAGGGAUUGAGCUCUUUUUAUGUUUAAAAACUUAUUCAACAAUCAUUAUUGUACAUCAAAACACAGUUUAUGUUAGCAUUAGCCAUUUCCUCCACAGAUUUGUUAAGGAAUACAAUAUAAUGAGAAAGCAGAAACCAAACUGAUAAUUUGAUUAAUGACUAUUUUGGAAGUAAAAAUGUUAAUUUGUGUGCUGAAGUAACAACUGAUUUUAAAUAUCUAACAGCAAAUGUAAGCAAUGAUUGAUAUUUUUAUAGUUCUGUCAGAGGAUGAAAUACUAACAUUUACUGGACAAGAUCAGAGAUGCGGUUGAAGGUAUCCUUUGUCCUCAGAGGAGGCCAAAAUCAACACACACAGAGAGUUUUCCCACAGAAGCUUUACAAAGUUUAAAACUUUUUCAUUUUCAGACCUGAUAAGGCAACCUGGAGUUAUGAACUCCAGGUUGCCUCAGAUGAAAUCAUCUGCUUUAUGACCUUUUUCACUCUGUUAAUAAACCUCUGCUGGAGAAAUUUGGGUUUAUUUUGGAUGGAUAAAAAUGAGAGUUCCUUGAGAAUCAAAAUAGUGGAAUCAGUCUGUAAGAUUAUCACACAUUUUGUGAGUCUGGCUCCAGUCUAGUUUUGGGUGAAUUAUAAUUAAUUGAUGUCAUGCACACCAAGUGUUCAUCCCCAAGGGGUUUGAAAGGCGACAGAAAUACAUUUUAGUGGUCAAAUAAAGUUUCAUGAUCAUAUUUCAUGUUACACCUCAGUCUGAAACAUCGCGUUCUGCUUUUUCUCCUUGUUUUUCAGAUAAAAUAAGGCCACAUUUAGCAGGGUAAAUGGCAAGUUUGACAAAUAAGGCAGAGAACAGUUUAAUCUCCAUAUGCAGCUGCAGGCCAACAGCAUCUGUGUUGAGUUAAAGUUGAUCAGAAAUGACAAGAACCAUUAAAAACGCUAACAAAAGAAAGUAGAACUGAGAGAAAGCUGAUUAAGAUCAGACACCCUGCUGCUCUUUAUAAAACUUCACAAAAUGUGAUUUAGAUUCUCAAGGUUUUCUCCAGUGAAGGCUUAGAUCGGCAGAAUGAAGACUUUAUAGAAACGGGGAACAACUUGUUGUCAGACUGGGCUCUGUUAAAUCUCAAGUAAUCGUGCAUAAAUUUGUACUCAUGAGGAGUUAUUGUACCUGUGUGUGUGUGUGUGUGUGUGUGUGUGUGUGUGUGUGUGUGUGUGUGUGUGUGUGUGUGUGUGUGUGUGUGUGUGUGUGUGUGUGUGUGUGUGUGUGUGUGUGUGUGUGUGUGUGUGCAGGUACAAGCUGUCUACCCGGCCAAUCUACAAGCAGAAGCAGAAGAUCGCUACUUCUGUGCUGUGGCAUUGCUGUCCAGGAUAUGUAGGAGAACACUGUGAGGACACAGGUGAGGGAACAGGCGCACAAGAGAUACUUGGCAAAGGACUCAGUAUGUCGGUUUGAUGGCACAGUCAGUGAAAAGCCUAAGACAAGGGUAUUUAUGCUUUUUCCCCUUUUAAAAACAGACAUCACAGGACAUCAACCAAACAGGAAAGUGUCCCUGCGUGAUGAUGGUAAAUAUGUAUAAUAAUGAGUCACUCAAGGCUGUUUUAUGUUUCCUUAAAAAAAAUACACUUGUGCAGACAUAGGCUGUACAAAACAUGGAUGUUGUCUCAUCAACACAAACUGAGGUUAAGACGUUCAGCAAAGGCAGUAGUCAAAUUAGAAAUGUUGACUUGAUUUAACUUUUAGUCAACAAGCAUACCUUCUCAAAACUAACUAACUUUUGCCCCUCACCUCUUAUAAUGCAUUUGAUGAGAAAUAUUCUACAUAGACCAUGAUUUUUUUUUUUUUUAAAUCUGGCUAUAAACAAGUUUGACUGCUGUAAAGUUUGCCAUCUCAUCACAGGGCCUCAUAGGGAUUCCUUAGCUUUUUGAGACAUCCUCAUGUGCACUGUUGAAGGAUUGCAGGUUUUUCUACUUACCCAUAAGAACUUGGUGCAGACAGCCUUUCAUUCCUCUUCAGUAGAUAAUUAUAACUGCGUGGCUCACAGUGCGGCACACUACAGCACAUUUUUUUCCAGUUUCACAGACACUCAGUUAUAAAUGCUGGGAUAUGCUAACGAUUUAGUGCCGGACUUAAAAGUGGUGUAACAUUUUAAAUACCCUAUGUUGGGUUUGUCUUUGAAUCCAUAGUUUGGUUUCUCAGAUGUGCAGGUUAGAUGGAUGCACUGUUGUUCUGUUGUUUCCUGUUUUGAGUCUUUAUACCAAGUUUAGCUAAGUAGCUUCUUAAAAGAGUCAUGUGUUGUGACAUCUAAAGGAGCUCUCAUGGUCUACUAAGGACUCCAGCUGUACUGCUGAUAGGCCAGUGUCACUUGUACUCAAUAAUAAGCACUGUUAAUUUUAGACAGACUACUUUGGACCUGGUUCAGUUUGGGUUCAGUUUCAUAAUAGAAAGCUGAUCAAACUUUCCCCUCAUUCACUUGGUCUUAUUUCUUCUCUGCUGGAGUCUAUUUUUAAACAUCCUUUCAAGAAAACUGGUAUCACUGAGGAACUUAACUCGGUCCAGAUUUAGUGUGUGUGUGUGUGUGUGUGUGUGUGUGUGUGUGUGUGUGUGUGUGUGUGUGUGUGUGUGUGUGUGUGUGUGUGUGUGUGUGGGAAGCAGCAGUGUUUCCUCCUAUCUAUUCUCAGUACGUCUUUUUGUUUGUGUUGAAAGUCAGAGUUUAUCAGCGUGGGAAAAAAACUAUAACCUUUGACCUUAAAGGACAGUCAGAGAGGAAAAUCCUUUUAAAGUCAUUUCUUCCGCUUGAGACGAUAACUCAGGGCCUUAUUUACAAGUGAACUGCGUAGAUUCUGUGUCUAUAAAACCUGUGCAAAUGAGACUAAAAGAUACCACGUUUAACAAAGCAUGCUCAAAGGGCUAAAAACAUCCUAAAGUUCUUUGCAGGGUAAGUAGCAUCCACAUGCCACCAUUGUUCGCAUGUAUUUUAAUGAUCCAUUAUGCAUUCCUUCUUUUCUAUUCAAAUGAGCCUCAAUACAAAAUAUUUCAUUCAAACUGUUACUAAAAAAAUCCUCACAGUUAAAGUAAAAAUUUUGCAGUCUGCUGAAAUGUGUUAGUGAGUGAUCAUGACAGCUGUUUCAUCUCUAAAGCACCUAAAAAUAAUAUAUCUGAACAUAAAGCUUGUCAAAAGCUUGUUGAUGCUUUUUUAAACAUUAAAACAUAACAUCAACAUUUAUAUCCCAUCCGUCGUGAUCUGACUUUAAACUGGUUCAAGUGUCCCCUCCCUACUCAGCUCAUCUAGGUGGAAAUCUUUGUGCUCUGCUCAGCUAGAGGUGGUGAUGCUGACAGCUCAUCUCAUCAGUCAGACACAAAACAAGAGCAGACUGCACCCAGCAAAACAAGUGUGUUUUUUGUUUAAUGUAUUUAAUGCAGUGUGCUCUGUGAAUUGGACCUUGAAAGAGAGCAGACAGUGGAGGCAAUGCUCAGUUUUUUUUCAGCUGUGGUAUUAAUCCAUUUUGAGGGAAUUCAUAAAAAUGUACAAAUGUCAACUGUAUGAGUAAGCUGGUUGUGUUUGUCUCUAAUAGAACCUGGUGCUCAGCUGGAUCCUGGAAAAGCGGCUCUGACAGUGCGUGAAGGAUCUGAAGCAGCAAGACCUGAACUCCACACUUCAGGUGGGUUGACUGUGCUGCUCAACUCCACAGGUGUGUCGUGGACAGUAAAUCUGCAAAUCAAAACAAUUCUCCUAUUUAUUCAAAUGCAACACUGACUCACGAAAGCCUGGCAGGUUUACCCUCUGUAACACAAAUCUCCACAUCAAAGCUAAUGCCAGCCCAUCUUUUCACAUCUGGAGCAGCAGAAAGAGAGAGAUUACUGAAUACAGAAAUGUAUUUACAGGUUCAGAUGAUAACCAGAAAGAGGCUGAUUCAACUCCAGGGUGGGCAGAGACCAACAAAACAAAUAUGACAAGGGCGAUAACAAACAUAACCUGAGGGAAUCAAAGAAAGCUAAUUAUAAUUACCACCAUCCUAAACAGUGAUAAACAGGAGGGAACAAGGUAAACAAACACCAGCAGCCCACACUGUCACCCCCUGAAGAUCAGAAAUGAUCAGCACUGUAGAGGCUGUGUGUUAUCAGAGUGAGGAUGCAGGUGAAGAGAGAGAAAGGUGGUGAAUGUAAACACUCAGAGGAGCUCUGCUUUCACACAUUGUGCUGUUCAUUAUGGUAGACAAGUCUAGGCACACAUUUUACACAUGCACAAACACACAGAUACUUACCUGAGACACUUUGACACUAGUGGAAAGAAACAAGACUGUGUCAUUUAAGAGCUUUUUCAGUAGUCCUUUGGUUCUCUGUUUUUAAACCUGAACCUUUUAGAAAUCAACCAAAACUUUAUCCCUUAAGUUAAUAUGGGAAAUUGAGCCUUUGAAGUACUAUUUUAUUGACAUUACUACCACUACAUUUAAAACUACUUAUAGUAAUACUACUGUUAAGUUUUAUAUUUUGUGACUUUUUAAGUUUGCUGAUAACAGGGUCCGGAGCUCGGCAUAGUCUGUGGCUCAGUGUGGAGUAUGAAUCAUUAUACUGUACUUACAUAAAUAACUGUAAGUUUGUAGAAAACACCUUUCAUUUAUUAUCAUCAGAUUCUGACUGAACCUGUCAGUGUGUCUGGAGAUUGUCAUGCCACCUCUCUUAAUGGGAGGUUCUUUAGUCUUCAGCUUGAUGCUCUUGUCGGACACCCUGACAUGCUGUGUCCACCUGCUGUGUAUAUACUUGAUUAUUAAUUAAGCUCCAGCUCAUUGUUAGCUUUCUUUCUCCCAUGGCUGAGUAACCCGGCCCUUCUUGUUGUCAAUGGUAGAUUAAAAUUAAAAUUAAAUUUUUACCAUUCCCUUGACUCUCCUCAGAUCAGCAGGAUCAUAUCUUGCCUCUGCUUUUCCAAAUGUCUCUUUGAUAGCAUGUGAUUUAAUCCCAGGUGGGUAGUACAGGAGACUGUUUAAUCGAAACUCAGUAUUUCAUUGAAAAUUUACAGAAACUUUCAAAGACCUCUGAAAGCAAAACUCGUGAUUGAAGGAACCACUUUUGGCAUCCUGACAGAAACUGUUGCUGCACAUGUUGACACAUGAAGGAGUAUGCGGGUAAACAUGUAUUGGGCAAAUUUUUCAGGCCUUAUAUGAUAAAAUGAUUUUUUUGUUAGAGUUUUUUUUUUUAUUUUGUUUCUGAAUGCGGUCAAUAUUCAAGUCCAAGUCUGACUCAUCAGUGUUUGUGUCCAAGUGGAGCCAGAGUCUUGAAAAUCAUGACCCGAGUCAGACAAAAACUGCCUGGAGCUCAGUGUGACUUUACUUCACACACUGCUUUAUGAUAUGAUGAUGUGGCUUUGGUCACACUUCAUCGCUGUUGUUUGACACCGAGGAAUCAAACAUCCAUCUGUUUUACUGCUUUGUUUUCUUUGUUGACUUUUUAUGAGCCUGGGAACCACAUACAGCGACAUGUUUUCAUCACGUUUAACACGUUACUUCCACUUUAAGUAAUGUCCUGGAGACUUUGUCCAAAUCUAACUGGCUAAAGAGGAGAGGCUUAUUAUUUUGUUUAGCCUUUCAUGCUCAAUAUUUCAACCGAAAAGGUUUGUGCAAUGUGCUUGGUUAUGACUGAUGGCUAAACCACAAACGUCUCCUAUUACAUCUCAACAGCACUCUAAAAAAAUCUCUUAUCAUCAGGUUUGGUGACUAACUUUGGAGACUGAAAACUACAUUGACAUUAGGGUCAAAGUUUCUUCAGUUUGGCACAUCGCAACAAAUAAAGUUUGAGUGUUUUUAGCACAAAUUCAGACACGACUACACUCCGUUAAGUCCCCACAGGAUGUCCAUCAUGCAUCACAUGACCAGAUCUCCGUUAAGUUAGAAAAUUCUAUUGACUUGUUGGACAUCAUUCAGAGAUGUAACGAUCGCUGUGAAGGGGACUUCCAAAAUUACGGGGAGUCCCACCACACAGGACCAGAUUGAUGCCCUCAGAGGACAUUGUCCACGCUGAGACACGCCUGACCCCCAGUCUGUAAAUAAAAACAUGUCAAACGCUCUGACUCAUUCCUGCCUCUUUCACAAAGUGAGGAAGCUGUGAGGCUCAGCUUCGAUAAACCUUCAGCUCAGGUCAGGAGGAGGUCUCACCUCCUCUCCCCUCCCUCCUCCGCCCUCCCUCAUGGGAAGGAGGUGUGGGCGAGUCGCUCCCACUGCCAAGGUCAACCCCUUCCCACAUCCUCGGCCUGUAAACAAAAUGACUCACACACUGAUGAAGAGAGAGUGCGUCAUUGUCCUAAUGAGGGUUUGUCAUCAGCCAACAUAGUUACACAGGAGGUCAGAGGUCACAGCAGCAUGAAGGGAGAUGAAACUGAUGUAACCGUGACCUGAUGGACUAAAGGAAGUACUUUAUGUUGGGGCUGUGUUUGUUUAAACUUCAGCCCCACAUGGCCAGGUGGGGGCUCCGUUAUCACGUGUUUUGAUCAUAGUGAUCGAUGUUUGAAAUGUUCAAAGGGGGUCGUUCAAUGUUUGGACUCUUUCCUCCAUCUUUGGAGCCCUAGGAGUGAAUAACCAACUGGAAGAUUGUUUUGGCUCUUAGACUAUUUUAAAUCUGAAACAUCAACACGUUAAGAUCUGUGUUUUUCACCAGCUACAAGGUAACAAGAAACAACCAUGGGAAACAUCCUAAAAUAGUUGGUUUGUGAGAUCCUGAGAGUUUCAUGUACGAGGAGACUGUCCAUCGCUACUCAAUUGUUCACAUUUCUUGAGUCUUUUCGCUUAAGCUACAGAUAUUAGUAAAUUUUGCCUCAUGUAUAUAUUUAUUUACGUAUUUGAAGACUUCCACCUUUGCCGAUGUUCUGAUGGCUGUGUCAAACUGUGACCUCCUGAACAAACUGGGACAAUGGGAAUAAUACAAAUGUGAUGACGGUGGACCUGAUCCUUAAGGCAAAGCUCUAGUUCCACCAACAUGAUCUGCUUUUCAUUCCUUGACUUUGAAAAUUAUAGUGAUCAACUACAUAAGAUUGUUAACAGAAGUUUCUGGUUUGACUUUGCCCUGUAGGCCAAACCUUUCCAUUAAAUGGAGUCAGCUGAGAUGGUGCUUCCCUGGCAUCUUUAAGCACUCAGAGAGCACAAUGAGAUAGACCAGAGCUUGAUGGGGUGAUCGUGUAUCUCAUCUGGCCUUGAAAGAUAUUGGAAACAAUGCUAGUUUAGUUAUUCUUCUGCUACUUUAAUCCGAACUGAAUAAAUAGAUGGAUAUUUGAACGGAGAAAUAACUUGACCCGCUGACAUACAAAUAGAGCUAUCUACAGCUGAACAUACAGACAGGCUGAUAAGUCCUCUGCACAGUGAUCCUCCUCUGACCUUUGUGUCCAUUCAUGGUGAUUCCGGUUGUUUCAACCCUAUUAAUACCUCUGAGUAAAGCUGGAAGACUGGAUCGAUGGUGUCGGUAAAUUCCCUGACAAGAUGAACUGGAGUGUCUCUCUUUCCUAAUAAGGUCAGGGGGUUACAACUCCUGCCACUAAAUGCUGCAUAUCAAGAAGUCUGUGAGGUGGUGAAGAUGUUACUCUACAUAAAGCAGUGUGAGAUGCUAUCAAGCUAAGCGCGAUAGCUAGUAAGGCUCACUCUAACUACAGCUACUAAACUAGGGUGACCAUAUCCUGAAUCCCCAAAAAGAGGACACUACUACGAAUUGUGCGUGCACAUAAUUUUAAGGGGUUUUUCUAGGGUGAUUAUAUUCUUAAUCCCCAAUCAGACGGGCUAGCGCACACAAAAUUUUGAGGGUUUUUCAGGUGGGGUCGGGUGUUUUUUACGCGCUUCUAACACGCUUCUAAAUGCAUAUUCUGAAUUACCAAAAAGACACUUAACCAGACCUCUUGGGGAUACAGAAAAAUACUCACACAAAGUAUCAUUUUUAAACAAUAUAUUCAUUUAUCUAAAGCAUUUCUCCUCAACAAAACUAUCAGUCACAUACAAAUAUUUCUCCCUUUUCUUUCACUCACCUGAAGACAGUGCAUGUGUGUGUCUCCUCAGUACUGUUUUAUAAUGAAUGACAACACGUUCUGGGGUUUGGCAUCUCAGAGUGUGUUUCCAAAUGAACCAUUGAAUGUGUAUGGUAAAUACAGGGGGAAAAAACUGGCUUCUGUACAAAAUCCCAGACAUUUGAAGGAUUUUAUAAACUCCCACCAGACAGGCCGGACAGCCCCCCAAAAGAGGACAUGUCCGGGUAAAAGAGGACGUAUGGCCAACCUAACUAAACAGCUGUUGUGAACUUCCUCAUGGAUCUCUGAACUUUUCAGCAAACUAAGGAUCAAUGGAGUCAAGAGUAAAUUUCAGUGAUACUCUGCAGAGAAACACAUCAUACAGUAUAUUCCCUUCCGGCACUGAGAACACUGAGAAACAAAACAGUGAAUGUUUGGAGGGAAAAUUCGACUGAAAUAGAUCUUCGGCCUUUGGCGGCUUGAUUUAACAAAGAGAGAAAAACAAAGAGGCGUUUUAACACACACACACACACACACACACACACACACACAGACACACACACACACACACACACACACACACACACACACACACACACACACACACACACACCUCUACAUAGCACAGUCUGCUCCCACCACACCCCUGAUUGAACCUGUUUCCUGCAAGCUCAUGUAAAAGUAUUUGAAUAAUAAAAACAGCAGAAAGAGAAAGGUCACAAUAACAGGAACACCCUAAAAUAAAAUGUGAACACCUCAGAGGUGAGUCACCACCUCUGUUACACAGUUUAACAGAUUUCUCUGGAGGUUCGUUCUUACAGAUAAACCCGACACUUUGUCAUUAGAAAAUUGAGCAUCAGAGCAGCAGCGUUGAGUUUUAUCUGAAAAGUAUUUUUGCAGAUGAUCAUUUUCAUAUCAGUUAAAUACGAUGGAAAUAUUUGAAAAUCUUCACAAUCUAAAGCCCAACUGAAUGAAACAUGAUGAAAAUAUUAGAAUCAAAACACCAAACAAUAAUGACUCUAAGGGCAGAGCUGAUGAUUUCGACUCAUAAAGGAAAGAGAUUUGAUGACAGUGCAGGACUUCCUCCUUCUCCUGUUGCAGAUGCAGCUCUGCUGUGUUUCUGGCCUCUGAGCUGACUGCAGGUCACCGAUACAGAGCUCCUUUUUCCUGCUGUCGCUCUGAUUCUGUCACUGACUGAGAGUUUAACAAUGAACACAGAGUAGAACAAAAACUGAGGAAACUCAGCGCAGAAAAUCCCAUAUACAUCAGCCUGUUUCCCAUCAGCCUCUCUGUCUAACUCACUGCCCGUCUGUCUGACUUCCUGCCUCUCUCUCUCUAAGCUGACUUGAAUUUGAACUUAAACUGUAAAAGUCCAAAUAUGAUGAAAACUCAUAGGUUUUUUUUGUUUGUUUGUUUGUUUGUAACAUACCUAAAAAAAAAAAAGAUGCAGAGGCCAUAUUAAUGUCCUCCGUAAAUGCAAAAAGAAGUCUCCUCUUGUAGCUGGUAGCUGGAGUUGGUUCUCUUCCAGUUCCCCAGCGAGGAAAUUCACUAGCAAGCAGCAUCUUCAUGUGGUCCUUUUUUCCUCUCCUCCCAAAGCUAGUCAAAAAGCCAUCCCUGUUCAGGAGCUAAAGCAGCACCAACCCCUUUCUCCUCCUUAAUGGGCCUCUUCACCAUUAUUGUGGGUCAAUACUUAAUGUGCAGAUGGUUCUUCUUAAAACUAGGAACAGAGUUCUUCACACCCAGUCAGCUUUUAUCCUCUUGGCACAUCUCAUAUACCACCAUGAUGUUGUUCUUGUCCCUUUCACCCAAUCACUCAAACUAAUGAGAAAUUUUCUUAGAAGUAUGCUGUCCACUCUGCCAUCUAACUCAAGCACUAGCACACUCAAUGCUGUCAGUGGACACAGGCCCUGAACCCUACACAGCUUUGAAUUAUGGUUUCAUAUAAGUUUUGAUUUGCUCCUUCAGUCCCUCUACAAGAUAAUUAAAGCAUAUACUGUACAUCAUAACAUGUUAAAUUAAUCAUAAAUUAUUUAUUAAAUGUAAUCAAUUCAUGUACUUUUAUGAUAAUGGAACAAUGAUACAGUAUGAUAAGUAUCUGAACUACUCAACAAACUGUUUUUGGUCACACUUAAAGGACUAGUCCGCUGAUACUCAGUAGUUCAUUUUGCUGUCAGGUCUAUUAUUUAAAAAUGUAAUUAAACCAUCACCUGUGUGUGUUUUAGGUGUGAAGGCAAAGCUCCAGCUGCAGAGUGGCGAUCCAGACAGUGAACAAAAUGACUAUCAGGCACCUGUUGGACCAUUGUAUGGCACCGACUAUGCAGCAGACAACCAGCGCAACACCACACAACCUGUCCUGGACCAAGGCUACGCCCACAACCCCCAUCAUGCAUCACAUCACACUACAGACACAUACAACCAACAUCUCCACCACCGCCACCACACAAACCAUCCCCACCCUGGACAGCAGCAGAGACACGUCUUUCCGGGUGAGUUUUACACGGACUUGACUGCAAACAUAUCAUUAGCGCCACCCGUGGGAGGCAGGAAAGAACUUGUGUGCCAGUAUGACUGACCAAACAAGACAUUAAAAGCAGAUUAUUGUUUGCCGUAGAUUAAUUUGAUUGACAGCUGCUGUGUUGUUGCCCUGGCCAAUGAAAUGUGUGUGUCCAGGUUCAGUGAUAAUGUCCUGAUGUCUCGUUAACAUCCUGUGAGGGAGCUACAACAAAUACACACAAAAACACACGCUAAGCUCCAUUCCUCUGUAGUGACACAACAGAAAACCACCCCCUCAUUCACACACACACACACACACACACACACACACACACACACACACUUCCUCCGCAGGAAAUCCUCUCAUUCUUCUGUUCCUUUGUCUCCCACACACAGUGAGUGUGUUUGUGUGUGACAUUAUAAGAUGGUCGCUGACAUUAUAUUAUAUUCCUUAUGUCACCAGACCAGCAUGUGAAUUGCAUCACACACACACACACACACUCUUCCGUUACCCUGAGUGUAGGGGGCUUUUUCAGGUUCCCAUGGCUCUCUGCUUGAUUUGACCCUUGACCUCAAUGACCAGUUAGUAUUACAUCAUCCUUAAAGGAGGUUUCAUGUUGGUUCUCUCUCAUCUCUACCUGCACCUGUCUCCUCUCCCUCACUGGUGGAGCUUCUUCUCUUGUUGUUGGAGUCAGGAGUUCUGUACUAUUCCACAGGGUUAGUCACAGCGCCACCCACAGUGAAAUCAGGAAUCGACAGAAUAUCUUGUCAAUUGCGAUGAUACAGUUAGCAUUUGCUAAAGUCUUUAUAUAAUCCUGCUUUGCUCUUGUUGCAUUUCUACCAUAAACACGUUUAAACUAUCAGUUUGAUAUAUGGUCAAAUCAAAAAUAUGUGUUUUUUUUCUGCCUGUAGUCCUAACAGAUACAGAAAAUAACACCAGCAGCUGUAAAAUGUCCCUCUCUGGCAGAGUCUAGAGGACAGGAGACAGCUGGUCUCGUGAAGACUGAAUGCAGGGAUUGAGAUAGUAUUUGGCUUUUUCUUUACCUCUGCCCAUAUUUGUUUCUCUGUAGUCAUAUCCAUACAACUCAUCUCAACCAGCACUCCGGAGUACUCGUAAUAAACCCACGCAGACACAGGGAGAACAUGAAAACUCCACACAGAAACACCCUGACACGGAUUCGAACUUAGGACCUUAGCAACAGUGCUAACCACUACACCACUGUGCCGCAUGUAGUUAUAUCAUCACCGUAAUAUUGUGCCAAUUUAGCUGUCUUUCAAUCCUGUUGCUACCUACCCAAUAAUGUAAAAACAAUUAUCACUUAGUUUCUACUCACUAAAGAAAACAUCAAACUAAGGGGAUUUUUCAGUUAUUAGGAGUGUCUCUUGUGGGUUGAUAGAUGUUUAUUUCUAGUUUGAGAAAAUGAUUUCCUCCUGGUGUUUACAUUCACCAUAACCUGUAACUAUAUGUUUCACAUGUCUGUGGUCUGUUUUAAUUUAGAUCAUGACUUUUAUUUCAAAACAAGAAAUUAGAUCAGUCAAACAUUCAAAAUCUGAAGCAGACUCUUCUGCAUAAGUACCUUUCGUCUCUUUAGUGUUUUUGCUCUGAGUGCUCAAUAGUUUGGCUCUGUUUGGUCCUCGUUUCCCUCACGGCUCAUUAAAGUGUCAUCUUACUUUUAAUUGUGACAUUUACAACAAAAGUUUGAAGGAGCAAACAACCCACAGAGGUUGUUUUGUCCGAACAGGAAGUUGACUCAGCCUGCCUCGGUAAAUCACGCUGACAGUCAUUAGAUAGAAACACUACCAGCUGACCAGGGUGUGUUGGAUUUCAUCCUAUGCAGUGAGUGCCAGCAGCACUGCCCCCCUCACUCCUGCAGCUGGAGUCUGAGGUGACCUGGAACUUCCUGUCGCAGUGUGGCCUCACUGUAGUGUGACCUUUGACCUCUCAGCACCGUGCAGCAUGUGGAAAAAGAGAGUUUGGUUUGUCGUAAUGAAAACAGGUUGUGAUGAAAGAGGCUGAGGUCACUCUGUGUGUGUGUGUGUGUGUGUGUGUGUGUGUGUGUGUGUGUGUGUGUGUGUGUGUGUGUGUGUGUGUGUGUGUGUGUGUGUGUGUGUGUGUGUCUGGACUGUGUCUCAAUGGGAGAGUGACAGCAGUGACCUGAGGCGAACACACACACACUCUGAUGUUUGUAUUUCUAUACCUGUGAGGCCAUCACACAUUCCUGAGCUCUUAACCCUGAACUGAACCUAAACCUGAUGUUAACCUAAAAACAAAGUCCUUAAGAAAAAACGGGAGGACAUGUCAUGUCUAAGAUUGAUUUUCUCUUUGUCAUGAAAAGAUUAAGAUUUUCAUGUUUGUGCAUUUUGAGACCAUAAACUAUCACCAAACUGAGACUUGAAAAACAACUUUGUGUCAGCCAAAACUAGAUAACUUAUCUGACAUUACUAUCCCAUCAUCUACUGGAGUGUUGCACCAGUAUACAGGAUGCAUCCCACUUUUAAGAUGAUAAGAUAAGUUACUCAAAGUGUGUCUCAUGCUCUAAAUUUUGCAGGAAAUGCAGGAUCGAUGGACAGAGGAUGGGAAUUGGUUAUUGGUAAAUGUCUAGUAUGUCGUCCGAAUAUUAUUAUCAGCGCUGUAGUCUGUAGAAAGAGCAAAGGUAUCAAAGGGCCUCUCCAUACAAUCCUAGAUUGCGAAAGUUUCAGCAAUAAAUUAGCUAAGAUCGAUCUAACAGAUAUCUGCAAGUGCAUCCAACAGAAAACACUGUCGUUUGUCAAUGCAAACUUUGUUCUCACCUCUAAAGUCACAGAAAAGGAGGAUUUAAAGUCUGAAAAUAGUGAUCUUUUAAUAUUGGCAAUGAAAAUGGCUUGUUUGGGCAGUAUUGUCAUCUUGGAUAGAGGGGAAAACAUUUUCAGUCAGAAAGAGAAAAAGUCAAAGAAAAACUAGCAUCUCUUACUCCACUGCUUCAUAAAGUCAAUGUGAUUAAGUCCAGGUCAUUUUUUUCUGGCUCUUAACAUCCUCAUUAUGAGUCUCUUAUUCUGAUUAGUGAGAAUGAUUAUUAGCAGGAUAUGUCGGCACAGUUGGGUUUGUUAUAAACUCCAGAAAUAACAACAACCCAGGAUCAGAUGGAUCCCCAGAACCCUGAAGGCAUCUCAGACCUCAGAUCAAUGAGGUCCAUCUGGAGCAGCAGCAGAGUCCUGUGGUCUCCAUGUGUGCAUUCAGCCGGUCUCUGCUGAACCAACAGAAACAAACAAAGUCUGUAAGCGUCUCUUCUGCCUGAAAACAGUGUGUGCCAUCUCCUGAAUCUCCCUGACAACAUCAGAGUCUUCUUAGAGGAAACAGCAGCAGGGUGCUCUGGGCUGUUUUAAGGCAUUUUAAUUUCCAAACUGGAUGAUUUUCCAGGAAGGGGCUGUGGUGUGUUAAUGUUCCCGUUUGGAAACUAAACUGUCUCUAUUUUAGAGCAGAGGGUCCCCUGAGAGUAAGGAUUCAGCGGGGAGUUUUGUGUGUUUUUGUCUCUUCUCUUGUUCAGAUUAGUUUAGUGUUUUUGGAACGUGGAGGGGAUGUGGGCGGCUGUGAGGAAAAACUUUAUCUCAGUAUCAUUUAAUUUUAGCUGGACUACAUGCUGUGAUCUGUUUCAGUUACUAUCACAAGUUAAGUCCUACUAACUUUACCCACUGAGCAAUAGACGGCUAUUAAUCGUCUAGUCUUUUUUAGACCUAAUUUCAACCAUCUAGAUUCUGUACAUUUUUAGACGGGAUUUAGAUGUUGCACUUUAACCCAUUAUUUGAUAACAAUUUAUUUCAAAAAGCAAUUGUGAGUUGCAUAACUGAUCUCCAAGUACCUAACCACACUGAUUAUGACUGCCAUUGAACAAUAUACAGUGUAGUAUAGAUACAGCCCAGAUUUAGAUCUAGUCUAAACUUGGUCUAAAUUUAGACAAAAAACUCUCAUGUUUAGACCUAUGGUAGCCUGAUUUUAGACCAGUCGUCUAGGCUACAUUUAGAGGUCUUGUAGACCUCUUUCAGACUUCAAAAUGCUCAGUGGGUAGUAAGCUAACAGGCAGUCACAUGGCAUGCUAUCUGCUAACACAAAACUAUGAGUGCAAGAAAAGUACAAAAACAAAAGAGCUUUCUUCCUGCUAAGUCGAGCAGUGAACAUUUUCUAAAUUACGCGUACACCCACACCAACACUAUUGUUUGGGUCAGAGUUUCUUAAAUUAGCUAAAUUAUUUGGUAAAAUUGACACCGUCUGCAGCAGUUGUUGGGCUAGUCUGUGCUGGUCUGGGCUGGUCUCCAGGCUGUUUUCUCAACAGGGCUGACCAGGAUAUUGUGAAGGAAAUAAACUCACUGGUGAUAAGAACUUCACUCAACUCCACUUCACAACAAGUGAACCGUCUCUUUUAUAUAAAACAUAGUGAAGGAAAUUGCGUUGAGAGUAAUUGCUGUUUUCUUUUGGUGUAGACAGUCCUCUGUAAGAAGUUUUCAAAACUUUCCUAUCACAUUGCUGAAGUAGAAAAGCUGAGGAAUAGGCUGUAGUUGACAAUCCUGUGGGGCCCAUCCAAAAGGUAAAAAUGCUCAUUUUUGGCACUGACAACAUUUCUAUAAUGUACAAUAGGAUUGGCAUAGUUCCUGAGAUGAUAAAAAAAAAAGUUACUCAAAGUGUGUCUCAUGCUCUUAAUUUUACAGGAAAUGCAGAAUCUAUGGAUCGGCAUAGUUUGAAAUGGUUAAAAUAAUCAACAAAUUGGGUAUUGGUGAAAAUUCAUCAUCAUGUAUCCCUAAUUUUGAUGAAUGUCGUUCCAUUACAUCUUUUUUCUGAAUCUGUUUUCAAUCACAAUGGGAUCCUUAUCAAAAGAAUUCCAUGUUUGUGUUCUUGUGUGACUUUGAUGAUUGAAUGAUCAGAGGUAUAGUUACUCCAUCAGUCACUGGGUACAUUUCCUUCAGGGACAUUAUGGGCAGUUUCUCUGUUGCAGACCAAAUCAAUCUAUGCAAGCAAUCUUAACACCGAGCUUUGAGUCAUUUGACUCUGAGAUGUGUUACGAUAAGGCCACAAUUUAAAUCAAUGAAAAUUACUUUGAAGGGUGAUAAUAGUUUUUGUUCCCAGCACUGAUUUUGUUCUCAGGUCAAAUGUUUAAUGUGUUUUCUUGAGGUCAGUAUGUUGAAAUCACAAAACUUAGAUGAACAUUUGCUCCAGUACAUAACAUCAUCACAAUCUGUAUAGUUAAUGGGUUAUAUCUUUUCUGUUGUAGAUCAUGUGGAUGCUGCCCCUCUCCCCGUCCCCCACAUGAUGGCUCUGGUCAUGUCCCAGCUGCAGCCCAUGCUAGAGGGCUUCAAUCGCUCCCUGGAACACCUGAGCCGGCAGGUAGGGGAUCUGACUCGCGAUGUUGCCCACCUAAAGAGCAGCCAGCUGGGGGCUGAGCUGCAGGCAGAGCCCCCUGAGCUUGACGUCACUGAACAUGAAGAACCAGCUGAGGAGCGCCUGAAUAUCAGACUGGAUGAAACACUUCAGCAGAUCAGGGAAGUCCGCAGGCAGAUGGAGAGCCAGCGGACAGACAUAGAGAACAGGCUGCACUCCCAGCAUGCAAUGCUGCACUACAACCUCACCAACUUUAAGACAGAUAUCGACAUGAAACUGAAACGGCACCAGAAGAUGCUACAGGUUAGUGACAAAAAGGAGGAUAUUAGGACAGGCUUAGACAAGAAUAAGGACACUUCCACACAUUCUUAUGACAAUUCAUCCAUCCACCAAUCAGCUUUAAUUAUUUAUGCUUUUAAUUCAAACUUUUGUCAUUAUUAUUGCCAAAAAUAAAACCUUACAAAAAUACCUAAAAUAUUACAAAAAUAGAUCUUUCCUGCUUAAAUACUCUGACUGGACCAAAAUAUAUAUAUAUAUAGGGGAGACUGGGGCUCAGGUAAGUUACAUGGGUAACUUGUCACAUUGCAAUUAUCUUUGCCACCAGAGGGCGCAACUAAAACGUGAAAAACUAGUUUUCUUUCUUUACAUGGUCAGGGGUCGUGUCUUGUCUGAGAAGAGAAUCCACAUUGUGAGUUGAAAUGAGCGCCAAUUAACCAUUUUGCACAACCCAAAGUAAAAAAUAUAGAUAUCUUUUAAAAUAAGCUCCUUCCACAUAGAAAUCCUAGCAGUGAUACACAUGGACUUGUUAGAGGAUAAAUUAAGGCAUCCUGUCAUACCUCAGUCAUUGUUCUGUUUUAAGUUAACUUUAAGAUAGAGCAAGAAUUAGCAAACAUGGUAGUUUGGGGCAACAUGUCUCAGUCAUUUUGGGGUUAGUUGUUGUUUAAAAUGGAUUAAAAUUAACAUAGAGUGUCAGUUUAUCAGCAGUUGUCAUAUUGGAAUUUGGACAUUAUUUUUACAGAAAAGCGAGUGGUUUAAAUGAGAGGAGAAAGUAAGAAGAUUUGGUCAAGAAUUAACAAAAGAAAUACAGAAUGUGGCAGUGCAGUUUCUGAUGUGAUGCUGAGGGCAGUCAGGCAGGUGACCCGAGUGAAUAAAUCAAUCUGGAGUACAAUAAAGGACUUUAAUGUCAACUACCAUACCUCAGCUCAGUACGGCAAAACAUUCACUCCAGCCGAAAUACAGAGUCAGACAGAUCUCCAAACUCCAGAGCAUGUUGCAUAAUAUUCUACGUUAACGUUUGUUCAGUGGUUUCGUUCAACAACUUUUUUUUGCUGAAUGAUAAACAUUUUCUGUGCCUGACUUUGAUGUUCACUUUCAAGUAAAAAAAUGAGAACAUCAAUAAUUUUGUUCUUGUUUUAUUAGCUGUAAAAUCCAACGUGACAUCUUACCCCAUGUAGUGAGACAACUUACCCGAUGUUAGGGCAACAUGUCACAUGUUCACUCUAUCUAUUUGAUUGCUUAUAACUUUGCACUGAAACAAGAUAUGAAAAUGACAUGAAUAUGAAGUACAUACCUGAGACUUUGGUCUUUCAUCUGGUUCACAUUUUGUUUAUAUAUGAUGUAUUGGUUGCAAGAAAUAUACAAGAGUGUAAAAAGUGUGACAACAAGCCCCGGUCUCCCCUAUUCUGUGUACUUUUAAAAUUUGUCUGAAAAUAUACCCACAGUCACAGAAAGUUUACGCCUGUCUCUGCUCUCAGGUCAGCCUGCAGGCCAUGAACAGCACACUGGCUGAGCUGAAGCUGGAUCAGGAUCAGACUGCUCAAGAUCGGCCGCAGGUCGACUCUGGUCCUCCCCCUGUGCCUUUUUCUCCCCUGCUGCAGACCUCAGAAACUUCAGCACUUUGGGAGGCCAUUGAGCGCCUGGAUAACAGGGUGGUUAAUAACACAGUAAAGGUGGGUUGACCAAAAACACAUGGGUGACUUUAUUGUUGCUGCUACAGCACAGCCCUGUCUUACAGUUAUACUCUUCUGAGGUGUCUCUCUCCCCCACUUGUUGCUGUGCAGGUGGAUGGGCUGACAGAGGACUUGGAAGUGACCUCGGGCAAUGUACAGCUGCUGAAGAGGGACUUAAAGGAUCUUGGGAGACGGAUAGACCAGACAGCCAGAAACAGUCAGAUCCAGUUCAUGGAGACAGGGCUGGAGGUGGAGGCAGCACGGGAGACGGUGCUGAGGCGUGUGGGUGAGCUGGCAGGUAACCUGAGUCUGCAGGGCGAGCGGCUGCAGGAGUUGGAUGUGGAUGUGGACUAUCUGUACAACAACCCUUACAGGCACAACUCGUCUGGAGACUGCGACUGCAAGAGCCUAAAAGCUGCUGUGGCUCACCUGGAGAAGAGCGUGGCUAAUGUGACCGAGCUGGCCAAUGAGAACAGAUUAGCUCUGGAUGAGAACAAUGAAGGUGCUGGGAUGUGGGGUGGGGUGAGUGACUGGGAGCCAGUAGUGGGGACCUAUCAACAGGACCUUCAGCAGGUAAAUAAAGUCCUCUGAUAUUUUUUUUUUACUCAACACAACUUAAACUUUGGAUUACAUUGUGGAGAAUCAACAUUAUAGUUAGUUUUAGAGAAGAAGCACCACAUAUCUCCCUAAUACUACAAAGUAUUUAGCAGCUGAAUAGUCACAUAUGUUCCACAGAAGGAGGUAGAGACCAGAAAUACAGAUUAUGAAUACCCAGCUUAAUUUAUCAGGAGGACAUGAGUAUGACUUUAUGUUAAUGAUCAUGCUGAAGUUGUUUCUGCUUUAUCACAGAAUACAGAAUCAAAGCAGAAAAAAUAAAGUACAAAAUACUAAAUUUUAGAAAAAUCUCACUGUUAGUUCUUUUGAGAUUCUGCCACAUUGAAGAUUUUGGACCUCCAUCAAACAAAAUGUGUUUAUUAGAGAAGUUUAUCCCCACAGGUCUGUAGAAAAUGAAACAUAUCGUUAUACAUAGAGUUGUUGGUUUAGAGUUCUGGUAAGGAUCACUUCAUGUUGUCUUUGGUGAUGACUUUCAUUUCUUUUCUAAUUUUGUACAAGAGUAAGUUUUCUUAUCAUAAAAUUUCCCAUCUUCUAUUAUUAUUUCUAACAUGACACUCAAUGUGAAUCUUGGCCUUGAAUAAUCUUUAAAUGUUGGUGUUCUUCUCAGCAUGUUGUACUUGUCACAUGGGGAAAGCUGGGGCUCAGUGGUGAGUCAGUUGUCUCUCAAUUGGAAUUGUGGGGGUUCAAGCCCAGGUCCCACUGUCCAUAUGCAGAAGUGUCCUUGGGCAAGACACAUAACCCCCACCUGCCCUUGUUGGAUAUGUCCAUGAUGUAUGAGUGGGAUUACUUAAUACCAAGCUGCAACCUUUGGUCCUGAGAAAUAAAGCCCAUCUGAAAGUGCUAAAGACUGGAGCUCUCUGAGUGUCCACUUGAGUUACCAGAAAACAUAUACAUGAGAGUUUAAAAAAGACCGCUUUUAGGGCAAGAAAUAAGUAAUCUGAAUAGCUAAUGGCUCCUAUGACACCAGCUGUACGGCAAGUGAAAUUUUUGUUCAUAUUAAAGAUAUUUAAGUUACAAGCUGGUGAAUCAGAAGCAAUGUUGACAUGACUGACAGGCAAGCACACUGUAGCUUAAAGCCCGCCUCUGGCACAUUGACCAAAAGUUUGGUUGAGUCAGCAUUUCCAUUUUGGCGAUUGCCACUGCAAGGCUUCAAAACUCUUUAGAAACCUACAGCUGACGUCACUAAGACUAUGACUGUGACUGUAAAGUCUAUGGUUAACACUGAUGGCUGCCUUAUAAAGCAGCCUCUGCCAUAAGUGUAUGAAUGUGAGGAUAUGAUGAGUUUUAUCAAAGAGUUUUGAACGGUCAGGAGACUGGAGACAGUGUCACAUCAACACAGUCAAUACACACAACAGUCAUAAUAAGUUACAAGCCUUUAAGACUGAAGUGUUUGUAGUUAAUUUCUUUUCUUGGAUGGAGUGAAGGUUUUCUUUUUUUUCAAUCUUAAGUUUUCAAUAAUGUCAAACAGGAGCUAACUUUUUUAAAUGGCCCCUUGAAAUUAAAAGGUAUGACGCGUAGAAAGGGGAAUACUUAGCGAUAUCCAGCAGUCAGAUUCCAGACUGAAAGACUGAAACAUCCCAUAGUGCAACAUUAAGAGAACUACUGCAUAAAGCCCUCAUUGGUAUUAUCUGAUCCCAUUUACACACUGAUGGCACAACACAGGGGAUAAGUGUAUAGUUCAAGGACACUUUGGCAUGCAGGCUGUAGGACCGGAGAUCAAACCCCUGACCUCCCUAUUAAAGAAGUAAGGAAAUGUUUACUUCAUAUUACUUCCAAGGGUUAAUUUGAUAAAGGCAAACCUCACUCAAGCUUUAAAAAUCUAUUUACAACCCACUAUUCAUGAAACCAAACUCUAUGUGAGAGAGCAAUUCAACUCUUCCCAGGUCUACUGUGCAGGUCGGCCAUUUAUACAACAUCCUGCAGCCCCAAAUAUUUACCUUUUCUCCAAAUGUAGACUUAUCCUCUGUCUGGAGAAGUCUCCAGCUAAUGACCUAUUAUAUUUUGUUUGCUUCUUGAAAACAAGGAAGAAAAAAAAAUGCUGUUUACAGAAAGGCAGACAGGCCUGUUGCUGAUUUGAGUCAGAAAAACUCCAAGUGAUCUUUUAUUCCUCAUCCUGCAGGUGAGGGACACUCUGACCUCAGAGCAGACCAGGACUAGCUCUCUGGAGCAGAGUCUGAACCAGCUCCGAAGCUUAGUAACAGUGAAUCUUGCAGAGGUCUCAGGCCUGAAGGCAGUCGACAAGAAGCUGUUGGAUGAGUUGGAUUACGUGUCCAGCGCCUUUAAGGGUCUGCUGUUAGACACCAUCCGUCACAGUGAUGUGCUGGAGCUACUGCUGGGGGAGGAAGUGUUAGAGUUUCUGGAGUGGCCAGAACAGGACCGGGAGGCCUACUCUAUCCCAGCCCUGAAAGAGGAGCUGAGCCUCCUGCAGGACGAGCUGAGAGAACACAACCUGAGUAUCUCUUCCCUGCUGGGAAACAAACCAGGUAAAAAACACCAGCAUGAAGGGUUUCUAUGAAAUAACUAGUUAAGGCCAUCAUAUUAUACUAUAGAUUAAACCAACCAAUAGUACAAAAAUUAACCUACAGCAACAUUUUAGCCAAAAUAUAUUCAUAAAUCUACAACUGUGAAGUCCCUUGCAAAGACAAUCAUCUGUCCCUUGUGCUUACAGGAGCAUUUUCUCACCAGAAAUAAAAUCACAAGAUGAACCCGAGAUAAUACAUCAUUUAGGAAGAGGAUGUGUACACUUUGGCUCGCCAUGGAUGAUGAAUUAGACUAAACUAAUCUCUAUGGCUCCAACACAUCACAACAACAAAAGUAUAUUCAGUCCGUCUCAGCUGUAGCGGUAAAACGAUAAAGAAAAUGCUUGAAUGCAUGAAGCCACAGUUUAGAUCAGUGUUGGUGUUGCCACGCUUAGAAGAUGAAUGCUUUUGUGACCUAACUAGUAAAACAUCACACUGUGAGUUGGUGAGUUACAGUUACUCUACAGUAGAUACAUAUCACCUUCGUGUCUGAUAUUAAACCUGGAGGUUUUUAACCUUCCUCCUGUGAUAGCUUUUACUACGCAACCACUAUUUCAAUGGGUCAGUUUCGACCUGUCUUCAAUCAGCUGCAAAUGACACUAAAAACUAUUCGCUAUCAUUUAAUUUGGUUCUCAUCUCUAGGUUACCUUGUUAGGCUUCAUUAUUCAUGAAAAUAUUGCUUAUGAUAUUUUUUGUUGUGGGCCUCUGGACCUUUCUUUGUCAGUAUACCCUUCACACAGACAUCUAUACUGAACUGAUCUCACAUCUCUGGACAUGUCCAUCGUUGUUUUUUGUGCAGGGAAAAACCAGGCAAAAUGAGAAUUUCAUAAAUGUUACAUGAUUGGAAGAGGAUCUGACUGUCAGUGUGGUGCCUGACAGUGAACUUAUGAUUUUAAGUUUUGCUCUAAUUAUUGGAUAUUGAUCUAACUGGGUCAACAGCGACCGUAACACGACAAGUGCCAUGAUUUUAAGAAGAGCGCUUUAUAAUUUAGUCAAUUUAAUUGUUUUUAUUCUGUUGAAAUAGAGGUUCCUGACAAAGUCAAAAAGUUUUGAUGCAAAAAAGCAAAUUUAUGUGGUUCUUUUAAGCAUUUAAAAACAAAAACAGUUUGGUGCAGACCCUAACACAGGAGGAGGGUCAAACAUACCAUAUGAAGAAAUAGAACCAGUUUAAUUUAGAGUUUCCUUUUUUUUUUUUUAACCAAUAAUGAAAUCUGAGCCUGUCAUUUAGAUCCAAACAACUGAUUGAGCAGCAUCUUGUGGAAGAUGUGAGAAACUACAACAACAGCACACAAGUCUGUAGUCUUUAAAUGCCAUCUUUGGUAUUUUAAACAACAAUCCUGAAAAUGUUCAAGUCUGAACCAAAGUAUCCACUGAACACUAAUCAAUGUUUAUCUACCCUAAGCACAGAGCUAAUUUUUCAAAAUUCAUCAAUUCUAGGGUGACCAUACUCUGACUUCCCAAAAAGAGGACACAACUACACAGGGCCGGAGUCACAGAGUCGCACAAAGUUAAUUUUGAGUUUUUCAGGUCGGAUCAAGUGUCUUUUAUGUGCUGCUAACUCACUAAGUCCAUGUGACACAAAACCGAAAUUUUUCUACAAAACUGUGGAAACUUGAAGGGUUUUAUAAAUUUCCCUGGACAAAGCCGGACAAACCCAGACAGCCUCCAAAAAAUCCGGGUAAAAGAGGACGUAUGCUCACCCUAAUCAAUUCUGUAUUUCAGAUGUAGGCUAUACUAAAACACUGCUGUAAAACCCUCUGAAAGUGAGGUUGUAAGUGUUAUCAUCGCUAAGACUGCAGCUAGUGGACACAGGCCCUAAUUUUGACAUCAGCUCAUUAUCUUGAAAGAGCACUUCAUUACAAAGUAGAGUUCUGGCCUCAGAUACUUUUAAGUGUUUUUAAAAGAUCAAAUAUGAAGAAAUGAAUAAGUUACAAGAGAGAGAAGUUUCAUUGUCAACAGUCACUUCAUAUAAAACUUGUCAGGAUAGCAUCAAAUUCAGCAUCCAGGAAAUAAAUUAAGAGGUAGUGGUAGGUUUGUUUGCGAAUGUACCCACUUUUAGACUAACUUUGACUCCUUGCUGCCCCAGAAGACAGAGAGGAGGUACCAUCUGCUGACCAGCCCUCCUCCUCCCACAUCCCUCCUGAAGAGUGGUUCCCAGGCAGCAGGAGAAGGAGUACCAGCGGAGUUCCAGCCAGAGAGCGGCAGCUACUCUUCCAGCCUGUGGGGAGGCAUCCAGGGCACGGAGUAGACGGCAGUGACCUGUGGAACCUGGAGAGAAGGGUGGAGGAGCUGGGGCAGAAAGUGCUCCUGCUGGAGGAGAAACACCGCAAUGCCACUACAGUAAAAGCUCCACCUCCCAGUGAUGUGGAGGUCAAACUGCAGGCGGAGGUGCUGUGGCUGAAGAGAGGGCUGGAGGACCACCUGAGAAUGUUCAAGAACAUCUUCAGUGAUUCUGACGUACUGGCUGGAUCUGACGCCACGCUGCAGCUGGACAAACUGUGGCAGCUGGUGAAGAACCUCGAGAGGAAGAAGGAGAAGAGGGGAGGAGGGAAGAAGGGGAAUGGAAAAGGAGGAAACCACCGCAACAGGAGGGAGACAUCAGGUGAGCGUGAACAAAGGGUCUCAUGAAAGAAAGAUGUCUUCUAGAGGACCAACUUAACUUCUCUAGAUUCUACUAAGAAACUCAUUCAUUCAAGAGUUUUAGGUCUGACAAACUUAAUUUUACACCAGAAUAUCCCUUUAACCUCCUCUCUCUCUCCAGGUGUUGUUCCUGUCCUGAACAGCCAGUCAGACGUCCCCCAGGUGCUUGUGGCUGGAUCUCCUCUGCGUGUCUUUAAUAGGGUCAUCUUGUUGGACUCCAACACUGGCACCUUUACUGCUCCAGUGAACGGGAUCUAUCUGUUUGUCCUCACGUUGGACCUGAGGCCGGGCCCUGCCUUUGUGGUCCUUAGGAGGGGAUCAGGAGGGGCCACAGUGUCUCUACUCCAACAGGAGGUGAGGGAAGCGGGGCCAGUUACAGGGGUGAGCCUCCUGCUGUUGGGUGAGGGGGAGGAGGUGAAGCUGGAACUGAAGAGUGGUGAGUGGGGGGAGUCAGAGGACAAUGUGUUCACAGCACUGCUGCUGCAUCGGACCACCUGAGGGCGCCAGAGGCCUAUAAGAGACACUGAUCAGAGACUUUAGGAGGGACUGAAUCACAGAGAUCACAGAGGACCACAGAAUUAAUUUGGAAAUAAAUCAAAAAGUAAACUUUGUGGGGUUAUUUUUUUAAAAGCACCUUUUUGAAACAUGAGUGAAAAUGUUGGUCUGAGAGGCGAUGAAGUUAAGGUUUAAACAUUGUAGACUAAAAUGUUGACUUUCAGACCUCCAAAAUACUAAACCAGGAAAUAAACUAAGAGGAAAUUUUUAAGAUUGUUUAUUUUGUUUGUGUUUGCUUCUCCUGUCUUCCUUCAGUGUAUUUACUCUGAGCACUAAAUCCUGUCUUUCUUUGUCUCAGCAUGUGUCUGUUACAUAUAGAGCUGGAGUUCACUUAUUGUUCGCCUAGCUGAGCAUGGAUGAGGGGGGAGGAGGAAACAGUCAGCCUGUCUCUGGACAAAAACACACUCCAAGUCCACAAACUUUGACUCAUAUUUAAAAUAUGGAGUGCAGUUUGGGUGUUUUUGCUAUAAGCAUUGACUUUAUUUUCAGAUGGGUGACGCAUCUGCCCAACAAAUGUCCAUUAGCACAAAAAUGAAGCAGGAUAAAAAUUCAAAAACACUCAUUAACCUCUCUGAUAAAACAUUGAAAAAGACCUUUUUAACUUAUUUGUUGAGCCUUAAACACCUUUUAUUAUAUGUUGGACAGCUUGUAGGUGUUACUUUUUACAGUUUUACAUCCCUCAGAAAACCUCAGAACUUUCUGAGACAUACUGAAUCAAAAAAGUGAAGAAUUGAGGAUAAGAUUUCAUGUGAUGAUGUUCUGAUAGUCGGCCCAUUUCUCUUUACAUUUAGAUUGGGCUUCUAACCACUGCCCAUAAUGCCUCACUCUGGUUACAGAUCUUGAAACAACAAGCUACGGCAGCUUUGAUGUCUGAAGUCAAUCCAAUAAAGUAUCCACCAUAUUCAGAGGAUGAUCAUACUCAUAUGUGCAGUAACUCCCUCCCCAUGAUGUUGCUGCAGCAUCACCUUCAGCUUAAGAUGUGUCACGGUCUCUCAGACAUCUGGUUUAUGUGGAUGUAAAGGCUCAGAGUGCUCGAGCCAGCAGGUCAGCAUCUGUGGAAUUGUGUGGCAUAGGAUGAUUUUGUUGACAUAAAAAAUUUAGAGCAUUGAUCUGUGCACAUUUCACUCCCGAGACUGACUUUCAGUGAGGAACUUGCCUUUACAGCUAUGAACAUAUUUGUAAAACUUGUAUCAUGACUGUGUUUGAGGGGAAUCAUCUAUCUGAUGUGAAGAAAAUCUUCUGAUGUUGAGUCACCAGGUAUCUGUGAUGAUUGUGCAGUACUGAUAAAGAUCGAUAAACCACACAUGAUAUUUAUAUACGAGAGCUGAGCUGUUUGUUGGUGUAAACAGAGCGAUGAAUAUGUUUCUAUAAAGUAUUAUCUGCCUCUAACUUAAUAAAGUUCUAUAUACAAAGGUC